AUGUUUCGGUGCGGCCAUCCAAACUCUAAUUCCGUUCAUCCCACAACUUCCUUCCCAUCCCACUGGCUGCCAGCCCCCACAGCAAAUUCGUCCCUAGUUCUCGCAUCAUUGCCGCCGACUGCCUCAGCCAUGCCGGACUCACGCCUGUCUAUCGAAGCGCUGGUCAACGGCCCAAUGCCCUCGACCCGCCCCUGCACCACCUCGCCGUUGUCGUCUUCCCCUUGCUCGUCAUCAGAUUCCUUCAACUCUCUCUCCUACGCGGCAUGGACCCGGGAUAGUAACGUUCCGAGCCCAUCAACGCCCCUCUUACCUCCUACCGGUCCGGUCCUUGCACCACUGCGAACACCGUCUCCUUCGCGUCGCCCGUCAGAGCCUCUCGCCCCAACUUCCCCGCAGACUGUGAUCGUGAAAACGCCGCGUGGGAAGAGACAUCGAUGCAAUUUCAGAGGGUGUGGGCGUGACUUCACUCGCUUGUCGAAUCUGAAGGCCCACUGGCGCCGACACUCUGGUGAGGAGCCAUAUGCGUGCGUGCAUUGCACCAGAACGUUCAAGUGGCGGUCUUCUCUGAAGAGCCACGAGCUGGGAUGUGUUUACGAAUUCACCAAGGCUAAUUCAGGGCUUCGAUGGGUGUACGUCGACACCGAUCAAAGACGAGGCACUGAACAGUCGCUCACAGCACCAAAGCCAGAACCAGUCCUCAGACCACUGGCCAAUGGGACGAAACGACCGACUCCAUCGAUGCCAUACGAACAACAUAUGUCAGGAUAUGGGCCGAAAAUAUUGCACCCGCAAGGUCCAAAUGUUGGUCCUCUGGAAACUAGAACAUACGUGUGAACCACGAUAUCGUUGACGUAACCUGUGAGAAUAGUAGUUCUGUGCUUGAAUGCCUAAGAUUUGUAAAUGUAAAAAGCUUG